AUGGUUGAAUUGUGUCCAAAAAUUAAAAUAAUUGAAAAUAUUGCAAUGGCUGCAGAUUGUGAUAUUGAAACUUUUCGUUCAGAAUUCAAUUACAAGGCACGAUCAUAUGAUAUCUUUCUUGUUGUCUAUCCAAAAUCGGAUACAACAUGGAUGCAAAUUAUUCUGUAUACAUUAAUGAACGAUGGUGAAGUAUUCGACAACAAUAUGGCAGAAUAUUUUGCUCGUACAUCUUUUCUUGAAUUAGUAGGUGAAAAAGGUAUGAACAAUAUACAUAGGUCAUGCCUUAUUAAAAGUCAUUUACCUUUCAAUCAUGUUCCUUAUCAUGAGAAUGCCAAAUAUAUAUGUGUAGUACGGAAUCCAAAAGAUGUGUACGUUUCUUCUUAUUAUUUUCUGCUCAAACUCAUGGGUAUUCAACCAGAACAAACAUUAUUCGAUAACUUUUUCGAAGCUUUUAUCAAUGAAAAUGUUUAUUUUGGUGAUUACUUUGAACAUCUACAUUCGGUUUGA